AUCUCCUCGCCGACGGCUCCAUUUUUGCAGCACACACUCAUCGAAGACUCUAAGGCCCUCUCAUGGAAAUCUGAAAAAUAAAGCCUGAACGGUGUAUGUAUCUUCGUUGCUGCAGCGAAACUCAAAUCAGGUGCACUGUAAAUCUCAAUUAUUUUCUCUAGAUAGAAGAAGUCAGCCUUUCUUCUUCUUCAGCAAGUAACAGAUAAAUUCUUCUAUUGUUUGAGAGCUACAUACAUGAAUUUUCUCUUCUUUUUGGGUAUCUGAAAAUCAUUUUUCAUGUAUUUUGGGAGAAGGGUACUCUGUUUUCUGAGGAUUUGAUUUGCAUGAGUUGAAUAGAUAGUGAAAAUUUUCUUUUAUGAUCAAUGCAUUUGAAGGAAGGAUGUUCCUUACUGUUGAAAGUACACAAACCCUCAAUUCCUUUUCUCCUAAACACCAACCACAUGGCUGAUCGUUACCCCAACCCUAAUCCAACCAUUCUGAAGGAAUAUGAUGUUGUGCAGAGGUUAAGAUAUGAAAACGAUAUCACAUUGGCAUCGGAGUACUUUAGAUCUGUAGCGAAUUCAAAAUCUUUUACACACACCCAUCUAACAUACAAGAUAAUGAUAGAGAAAUUGGGCUUUGAAAAUCGAAUGGACGGUAUUCAGUAUCUCCUUCAGCAAAUGAAACUUGAAGGAGUUGUUUGCUCAGAAGAAUUGCUUAUAAGUGUGAUAAACUCUUACAGAAGAGCUGGGGAAGCUGAACAAGCAUUGAAAACGUUUUAUAGGAUCCAUGAUUUUGGCUGUGAACCUACUCUAAAGAUCUAUAACCAUCUCAUGGAUGCAUUGCUAAGUGAGAAUAAGUUUCCCAUGAUCAACCCUCUUUACAAUAAUAUGAAAAGAGAUGGAAUCCAGCCCAAUGUCUACACUUACAAUAUACUUUUGAAAGCACUGUGUAAGAAUAACCGUGUUAGUGAUGCCCAGAAGCUGCUCGUAGAAAUGUCGACUAAAGGUUGCCCGCCCGACAAUGUAAGCUACACGACUGUAAUAUCUUUUAUGUGCGAAAAUGGUACGGUUGAGAAGGCUAGACAAAUUUCCAAGACAUUCCCACCUAUCUUGCCUGUUUAUAACUCUUUGAUAAACGGAUUCUGCAAAAUACAAGAUUUUGGGACCGCGUUUCUGUUAUUGGACGAGAUGAAUUGCAAAGGGAUUAACCCGAAUGCUAUAACUUACACCACGAUCAUCAAUGCCCUUUGCGACGAAGGUGAAGCUCAGAAUUCCCUUGCUGUUUUGGCUCUCAUGUUUAAGAACGGAUGCAUCCCCACGAUUUUCACGUUUACCUCGUUGAUUAAAGGGUUUUUCUUGAUAGGGAGACUUCACGAAGCUUUGAAAGUUUGGGAUAAUAUCAUCCGCGAUGGGUUUUCGCCCAAUAUCGUUUCGUAUAACACGCUUAUACGCGGACUUUGUCGCGUUAGCAAUAUGAAAAGAGCCGUCUCGGUUUUCAAUCAUAUGGUGGAAAACGGUUGUUCUCCUAAUGUGACGACUUAUAGCAUUCUAAUCGACGGUUUUUCAAAAACCCACGAUUUGGUUGGCGCGUCGAAGAUUUGGAAUGAGAUGAUGGCUCAAGGCUGUAAACCGAAUCAAGUUGUCUACACGUGUAUGCUCGAUGUCCUUUGCAAGAAUCUCAUGUUCGACCAAGCCCAUUGUUUGAUCGAGAACAUGGUUAACGAGAAUUGUCUUCCUAAUACGAUUACCUUCAAUACGUUCAUCAAAGGUCUAUGUAGCGGCCGGAGAUUCGAAUGGGGAAUGAAUUUGUUUCGUCAAAUGAACCAAUACGGAUGUCUACCAAAUGUCACGACAUAUAACGAAUUGUUGAAUGGUCUACUAAACGAACGUGAAUUUACCACCGCUUUUCAGUUGGUAAGAGAAAUGAAAGAGAUCGGGGUUGAGCCUGAAUUAACGACGUAUAACACUAUUAUCCAUUGUUAUAUUUCUUAUGGAUGUCUCAGGGAGGGUUUUGGGGUUUUUGGCCAAAUGUUGAUGAGGGGAGUGAAUCCAGAUGAUAUCACAUUUAAUAUAUUGCUCCAUGGGUAUUGUAAAUUGGGUAAGAUUGAGCUAGCGAUAGAGCUUUUGGAUACAAUAAGGAGCAUUGGUUGUAAGUUGGACUUGUUUGGUUAUACAAGUCUUAUAAAUGGGGUAUGCGAAAAUAUUGGGUUGGAAGAGUCUAUGGACUAUGUUGGUAUGAUGUUGAAAGAUGGUAUAUCGCCUAAUAUUGCCACUUGGAAUGUUCUUGUUCGACGAUUAUUUUCUAAGGUAAAACAACCUAUUGGGGUUAAUGAGAUGGUGAAUUGUAUCUUACAUGAGAUCGUUACAGUUUAAAUCUCACAGUUUUUGGGCAACUUGUUGUAUGGAGGAGGGUCUUUGUAUUGAACCCUACAACUAGGGCAUUUUAUAAGCCAAAACCUAUAGAUUCUAUAUAUGACUAUUUAUUUGAUCUGUUUGGAUA